AUGUCCCAACCAAAUCCCUACGAGCGCAUCCAGAUCGACACCAGCGACGAUGACUCGCUCUUCGACACAAAAACCCUCGUGGACUCCAACCUCUCCUUCGCCUCCUCCGUCCGCGACUACUCCUACGAGAAUGGCCGCCGGUACCACGCCUACCGACAUGGCCAAUACCCCUUCCCAAACGACGAAGAAGAACAGGCCCGCCUCGCCCUAAUGCACCACCUCUUCAAACUCCUCUCCGGCGGCGACCUAUACCGCGCCCCGCUCACCCGCAACAACAACCCAUCCCGCAUCCUAGACAUCGGCACCGGCACCGGCGAAUGGGCCAUCGAAAUGGCCGAAGAUUACCCCACAACAACCAUCCUCGGCACAGACCUCUCCCCGAUCCAACCCUCCUGGGCCCCUCCCAAUUGCCGCUUCUUCAUUGACGACGCCGAGUCCGACUGGGCGUUCUCCCCCGCCGAGGCAUUUGAUUACAUCCACGCGCGAAGUUUGGGCGGCGGGAUCGCUGAUUGGCCGCGGUUACUAAGGCAGGCGUAUACGCAUCUUAAGCCGGGUGGGUGGUUUGAGGCGCAGGAGUUUGAGACUUGGGUUUUGAGUGAUGAUGGGACGCAUGCGAAGGCGACGAGUAUUCUGGACUGGCAGGAUCGGUUGAAUGAGGCUAGUACUCAGUUUGGGAAACCCAUGAAUGUCGCGUCGAAGUUACAGGGGUGGUUACGGGAUGCGGGGUUUGUGAAUACUGUGGAUGAUAAGUACAAGUGCCCCGUUGGCGGCUGGGCGAAAAACCGCCGUCUCAAAGAAAUCGGGCGCGUCGGCAAAGUGACUAUUCUCGAGGUCGUCGAGCCCUACACACUAGCCCUCUUCACUCGCGUAUUAGGCUUCUCCUACCAGGACGCCCAGGAGUACAUGGAUAAAGUGCGCGCGGAACUAGUGAGCAACAAGUUCCACCUCUACGUGCUAUUUCACUUCGUGUAUGGGCAAAAACCGCUCGAGACGAAUGGUCAUGACCCGACAUUGUGA